AUGGUCCGUCUCAGCAAUCUAUUCGUAGCUAGCGCCUUCGGCGCUAGCUCCGUGCUCGCAGAUGCUUCCAGCUCUGUCGCACCUGCAGCGUCUUCAACAGCCGCGGCUUGUAACCCGCUCAAAACGAGCGGGUGCUCGCCAGAUCCAGCCUUGGGCUCCUCGUUCUCAGAAACGUUCAACUCGGACUCGAGCUCCAGAUUUACCCGUGCCACGACCAACGGUCAGCUCAAUUACUCCUCUGACGGGCUGGCUAUGACCAUAAACAAACGGUUUGACAACCCAAGUCUCAAAUCCGACUUUUAUAUCAUGUUCGGCAAAGUAGAGGUUGAACUCAAGGCCGCAGCGGGCCAAGGUAUCGUUUCGUCGUUUUAUCUCCAGAGUGACGACCUCGACGAAAUCGAUAUUGAAUGGGUCGGCGGCGAUACGACGCAGUUCCAGUCCAAUUUCUUCUCCAAAGGUGACACCACUACUUACGAUAGAGGUGCUUUCCACGGCGUUUACGAGCCCCAGUCCGAAUUCCACAACUACACCGUUGACUGGGCUAUGGACCAAACCGUGUGGUACCUUGACGGUAACGCGGUCAGAACCUUGAGUAACGACUCUAGUGAGGGUUACCCUCAAACUCCCAUGUACAUUAUGAUGGGUGCCUGGGCCGGCGGUGAUCCAAGCAACGCUCCUGGUACUAUCGAAUGGGCCGGCGGUUUGACCGAUUACUCCAAGGCUCCUUUCACGAUGUACGUCAAGCGCGUCAUCGUCACAGACUACUCUACCGGGUCUCAGUACUCUUACAACGGCCAGUCUGGCAGCUGGGAAUCCAUUGACGCUCACGGCGGUAAAGUUUACGGCAGAUACGACCAAGCCCAAGAGGAUUAUUCGUCUUUGGCUGGGGGCCAAACUAUUUCCACCAGUGCUUCCAGCUCUGCUACUAGCUCUAGCUCCAGUGCAUCUAGCUCCAGCGCAUCUAGCUCCAGCGCAUCUAGCUCCAGCGCAUCUAGCUCCAGCGCAUCUAGCUCCAGCGCAUCUAGCUCCAGCGCAUCUAGCUCCAGCGCAUCUAGCUCCAGUUCUUCGGUCUCCUCCAGCUCUGCCUCUUCUGCAUCGUCCUCAUCUUCGAGUUCGCCCUCAUCUUCUGUCAAAUCUUCAUCUUCGACGUCUUCUGCCGCUGCAUCGGCAACCUCCGAGCCUGCCAGCUCUACCGUCGCGACAACCACUCCAUCUAAUACGCAGGCCACAACCACGGCCAAUCAAGACGCCGGCGUUUCCGUCACAUCUUCGCCAUCUGCGACCACAUUGAUAACUUCGGGCACCCAGAAUCAUGCCAGCUCCUCUCCCAGCAGCUCCAGCUCGGCUUCUGGCUCUUCUACCAUAUCAAUUUCUAUGAGCAACAUUGGUAACAUGCUGCACCUCAGCUUUUCGCUGAUGCUCGGCACUCUGGCCCUGUUCAUCUGA